ACGGUAUCUGAACGCCGCAGUCAGUCACUUAUGUUUAUCCCUGAGCUGUGCUGCACUGCUGCUCGACACUCUGCCCGGACUCGUUACAGCUCAUUAUCUAGUGCCAAAGUUAGUGUUCCCUCCUCUGGCUGCCAGGUACGGUGCUUACGUUUUCAUUACAGCUGCAGAAUAUUUUCUUAGCGCUUUAUUCUAAGGCUUAGAAUAAACAUAUUAUAGUGCGCGUCGGCCCUGUUAUCUCUCGACUAGAAUUUAGUCCUGCGUAAAAGUCGGUAAUCUAAUUUUGCUGCAGCGACCAGCAGUGUUUCUGUGAAUUUAGAGUCACCUCGUUGUACUUUAUAUUAUCUUUAUUUAUUAGUAUUUACUGUCCAUCUCGUAUCACCGUAGAUUUACUGUAAUAUUAUAUUGGGAGUUUGUUAUUUUAAAGGUGACCAUCGGGUGAAACCAGGAGGAGGACUCAAAAACUAGGCAUCUGGACCUGGUUAUAGACGGAAUUACUUGCUGAGUUGAAUAUAUAGGCUAGAAGUCUGGGUUCAUGCCGGAUUUCGAGCACUUCAGAUUUUCCUAUUCGAGCAUGAAUCCGGUCCUGGGGGAGAGUGGCUUCCUGGUCCCGCAGCAGCCCCACCACCAGAUGACGGGCCUGAACGACUUCGCGAUCCCGGAGCCUGGCUACUUCCUGGGGGAGCACGGCGGGUUCGGGCCUGAUGGGUUGUCCGGGCUGGACCUGGGCGCCCUUCCGCCGUCUGGCCUCGCCUACCUGCACCUGAGCUCCCCCCUGCACCGCGUGCCCCCUGCGGCCACGGCGCUGCGCAACGACCUGGGAUCCAACAUCAGCGUCCUGAAGACUCUGAACCUGCGCUUCCGCUGCUUUUUGGCCAAAGUGCACGAGCUGGAGCGCAGGAACAAGGUGCUGGAGAAGCAGCUGCAGCAGGCUCUUGAGGAUAACUGCGGAGGGGAUGGACACCAGAAGCCGCUGACCAAAGAGAUGGGGGUCCAGACUGGAUUUAUUGGGCCUAUUCCAUCCAGACCGGGCCUCAUCCCGCUGCACAACGCAAACAACUCGGCCUACCUGCCCGGGGGGCUCCUCUCUCCAACCCUGAACCCCCCUCCUUUUGACAAUAAAUACCUGCCGGGGAACAAGCUCAACCCGAGCGCAGUCUCUACGGAUUCAAACUCCAACCUCACCGCGCCCCGUUUCUCCAUCAGCCCGGCCCUGAGUCCCACCGACCCGUACAGAACCAUCACCAACAUCAACGAGAAAAACGCCUCUCACACCGGGACGAACAGCAACAACAUCCCCCCUCCUCCUCCCCCGCGCUUCCUGCCCGGGGCGAUCUGGUCCUUCAACCACCCCCGCCGGUUCGGCACCGGGAGGGAGUCAUGCGCCACGGGCCCCGGGGUCUCCUGGACGCAACCGGACGGUGUCGGGGUCCAGAUCGACACCAUCACCCCUGAGAUCAGGGCCCUGUACAACGUGCUGGCCAAGGUGAAGAGAGAAAGAGACGAGUACAAGAGAAGAUGGGAGGAAGAGUACACAGCCAGAAUGGACCUGCAGGAGAAGGUGGCUGAACUGGAGGAGGACCUGCAGGAGAGCGAGGUGUGUCAGGACGAGCUGGCUCUGAGGGUGAAGCAGCUGAAGGCCGAACUUGUUCUCUUUAAAGGACUCGUCAGCAACAACCUGUCAGAUCUGGACAGUAAGAUCCAAGAGAAGGCCAUGAAGGUGGACAUGGAUAUCUGCCGCCGCAUCGACAUCACCGCCCGCCUCUGUGAUGUGGCCCAGCAGAGGAACUGCGAGGACAUGAUCCACAUGUUCCAGCAGGUGGCCACGCCCCCCUCCACUCUCCGGGCCAGAAAACAGAGCGGCCAGUCGGCGAAGGGCGGGGACGGAGACGAACUGAGCAUGUCCGAGGGCGAGGGAGGCGGGGCUAAAGACGAGGAGUCGUGCAGCACGUCGGCCAAUCAGAUCAAUGAACAGAUGCAGAGGAUGCUGAAUCAGCUAAGGGAGUGUGAGUUUGACGAUGACUGUGACAGUCUGGCUUGGGAGGAAACAGAGGAAACUCUUCUUCUAUGGGAAGAUUUUCCUGGAUACCCACUGGGAGUGGAAACACAGGGAGAGCUGCAGCAGCAGGAGGAGUCCAUUGAGGAGGUGAUUAAAGACACAGAGUGUCUGUUCAAAACCAGAGAGAAGGAAUACCAGGAGACCAUUAACCAGAUAGAGGUGGACCUGGCCACAGCCAAGAGCGAUAUGAACCGUCACCUGCAUGAGUACAUGGAGAUGUGUUCGAUGAAAAGAGGGCUGGACGUCCAGAUGGAAACCUGCAGGAGACUCAUCACACAGAGUGGAGACAGGAAGUCGCCCUCGCUCAUCACGCUGGCAGCGGACGACUCCGACAGCGAGGAGAAGAAGCAGCCAGCUCUCCCUGCUGAGACCGGCGGCGACUCUUACUGCGGCGCCAACGCCACCAUCCCUCCUCUGACCUGGAGGAAACCCUAACACACACUCCAACACACACUGCUGGUAGAACAUGUCACACCAAGGCUCUUCUUCUUGCUGAUUGAGAGCCUGAAAUAGAGAAGAAGAAAAAAAACAUUAAGUUGUGUAAAACUUCGACACUUCUAAAACUAGUGGUGUUUGUUGACCUAAGGUAGCAAUUAUUUUAAAACCAGCAGAUGUGAAAUGUAUUUUUUUAUUUUUUUUUAUCUUUAAGCUUUUCUGAAAGCCACCAGUCUGACGAUGUUUGUCAGUUUUACUUGACGCCAAAUUGACAGCAGGUGAUUUAGGGCAUAAAGGUGGACUUAAGUCUGUUUUCAGUGGCAGAGAAAGUUACAUCAACGUCCACACAAAACUAGAAUGUGCUUGCAAUGCUUAUUUGAUAAGUUAUUAGAAAGAUUUGAGCUUCAUCAAAUAAGGCAAUAAUCCUUCACUUUAUGUUUUAAUGCUGCCCUCCUGUGGUUACCGGCUGUAACGGCACCUCAGUGAAGCUUAAACGGAACAAAAUGACACUUUGAAAAAACAUGAAAUGAUAUUGUUUCUAUUUUCCCUGUGAGAUGAAAUGGACACGUUCGAUUUUGCACACUGACCUCGCUGUUUAGUGCAGGAGCCGAUUAUUUGCACAGUUUCUGUAAUAAUGCCUUUCAGCUGCAGGUGCACAGAGAGGCAGUAACGCACAAAGACAUAGUUUGCACACUUUAUCAUUAUUAUAAUGAAAUGCUUGUUUCGAUUGUGUAUUUUGAUUUUAUCGUUUCUAAUCCUGUCAAGUGCAGCAGCUUUAAAAUGUUGCACGUUUAAUGCCUACAAUUUUCAAUUACCACUUCUGGGAUUUUACUGAAGGUAAAGUAACUACUUAACAAAAGUUCACAUUGGCCAGAUCUCCAACUAUCAAAGCCCAACUUGCCUUAAACCGACAUACGAACAUUUGAGGAAUAUGACACCCUCUCUGAUAAAAACAUUGCAUCUGCAUGAGAGUGAAAGUUAGUCAAGAGGCACUGUCCUGAUAAUGCACGGUUUAAUCUCCCUAUUUUCUUUAAUGUGUAAAUUAAUUUAGAGAAUAUUUUAAAAGUAAAUAUUUUUGAACUCCACCUCAAAUGUCUUACCCUGAGCUUUUUAGACGUCGUCACUCCACACCUCUAUCUCAUACUGGGUGAGUCGUUUAUCUUGUAAAAAUGCGCCCUGUAUAAAAGACAGAUGUAGAGCAGUAACUAAGGAUUGUUUUCAUUGAUAAAUUCUGACUUUACUUUUUAUAAUAUGUCAGAUACAAAUAUAAAACUUGACCAUUAGUCAAAAGCUUAAGAUCUUCAGUUUACUACCAUAGAAGACUAAAACUAGCAAAUAUACGUGUUUGAAGAGCUGGAACUGUAAAGUUUGGGGCAUUUGUGCUUGAAAAAGAAAAUUACAAUUAUCAAAAUUAUUGCAGACUCAUUUUUUCUUAGUCGAUUAAAUGACCAAUGGUUCUUGACAGAUCCAUUUAUUGCACGUCUUUGUUUGCUAAAAUGUGAAUUGAGUUAAGGCUGCACCGAAUAGUUUCGGAGCUUCAAUCCUAGCGUUGACGUUCCAAUUCUAAAAUCAACAUUGUGGAGUUAAAACAGAAUGAAUACAAAUGCUAAUGAAAUGCUGCGCAGCAUUUCAUUAGGAUUCAUUCUGUUUUAACUCAGUAUUUCUGUGCAGAUGCAGAUAAAGGUUAUGCUAAGGGCGUAUUCAUUAUUUCAUCAUAUAUAAAUUUAUUUUACGUCCUUACUGGAUUAGCCUGCCGUCUCCAUGUAUUUAUGUUGAUGACACGGACGCGUUAUAUCCAUUAAAGGAAGUUGAUUUAAUAAAAAAAAGAUGAACUAAUUUAAUCAGAUGAAUCACUUUAUUCAAAUUGAGGAUUUUGUUUGUGUAUAUAUUUUUUUAAGUUUCUGUAGGGUAAUGAUGUCAUAAAAAAUGACGAUAAACAUUCAAAGUUUGAUUUGAAAACCUCAGUAGGAGCUUCAAAUGUAAAAAAAUAAAGACAUUCGGUACAGCCCUAGAUUUUAGUUUAGAGAAUUUGAAGAAUCUCUCAGCUGAGAUGGAUUUUUUUCCGUCUAUAUUUAAAAAGGGAAGGUGUCACAUUUACACGCCAUCAAUCACAAGCCAACCUCCAUGCUAGCAUCAAUGCUAAUGGACUUCAUUACCCUUAAAGUCCCACGGGACACAUGUCAUACAUUUCUACUGCAGAAAUAAUGGAUUUGUUUGUGAUUUUGAGACAGUUGGCACCAACAGAAAUUCAAGGGCAUUUUUAAUUUUCUUUUUACAAAAGUAAAAACCUAUUUUAAGAAUGUACAGUUUGUAAAGGCUAAAUAUUGUAUCUUAUGUACAUAAAAAAAAGGCUGUGUACAAUGCUGAACUAUCUAAUACCGUAAGCUUCAUGUUCUUAUGAUGUAAAUUUAGCGGCAAUAAAUGCAAUUUAUUCAUAGCUUUCUUUUAGGUUUACCGUUAUCAUCAAUUGAUUUAGACAUCUUAGCAGCACCAUAUCAGUACAGCUGGCAUCAGUACAUUUUAAGGAUAAUUUUUCUAAAAGAUGUUUCAGAGGAAAUACACCUGCAGCAAUGAUUCAAAGAUAAAGUGAAUUUACGUUUUAGUUUCCUGUUAAAGGACAUGUGUACAUAUGUGAAGGAAAGAAGCCAUUUUUGCAGUUGAUUUUGACAAUCGUGAUUUUUUUUCCUUCUUUUUUUCAAAUUUCUUUGUGCCAGUUUUUGUGUCUUUGUUGACAUAAAUGUGUCCCAGCUCACCUCUUCAAACAUCUUUCAUUAACUGAAUGUCUGCUUAGUCAAUAACCUGCCAUGUUUAACACAGACCCAUUAAAGGAACACUUUUGGUUUUAGUCCUGUAGUUUUCUCCUCUGAAGACAUUUCUAAUCAAAAACCAGACCAAAAAAUAAUUAAAAAAAAACGCCUGAAAAUGCUUGUUUACCUAAACUGAACUCUUAUUUCACACUUUUCACAGAUUGUUCUUAGUAGUGCUCAGAGAAGAAAUGGACUACAAUGCAAAAAGUAUUCCUUUAUUGUCAAAGAGAAACAAAGCAAAGCAACUGCAAGUGUACAAAUAUACGUAAAGCAAAAAUAAAAUAGACAUCACUCACCUCAUGAAACUGUGUACAGAUGUGGCUGUAACCGAACUCUGGGCAUCUAUAUUAUCAGAAUGUAAAUAAUAGCUUCUGUUGAAAGAGCAGGAAAAAAAGAUUUAAAUCAAGAGUGAAUUGGGAAGGAAAACGACUUGAGACCUCAUGGAACCGGAAAUAUGGACGGAAAACAGACAGAAGGAGAUAAAUAAGUCAGCUGAAGACACUUCAAUGCACUUGAGCAAGGCACUAUUCCUUGUUUGUAACAACCAGAUUGUAGUCAAAAUGUGUCUCUAAAUUAGGGCUGCACAAUAAAUCUUUUUUUGUGUGAGUUUUUUUUGUGAGUUUUUGUGUUAGUUGAAGGAAAAUACCAGUAGAAAACUACACUUUAAAAUGUAACUGUCCUUCGUUUUAAUUGUGCCUUUUAUAUUCAAUUCAAUGUUGAAUAACAUUUGUUUUAAAUUCUGCAAGAAGUUGCUGUAUUUCAGCAGAAUAUUAAAAGCAGCAAAAAAAAAGAAAAGAACUGAGCACGCUUUGAUGUCUGUUUAUCUAUUGCAAGUAUUAUCGUUAUCGCGAUAUUUAACAACGUUAUUGCAUAUUUUCCUCAUAUGGUGCAGCCCUGUUCCGAGCUCCCUGUGGCCGUUGUGCUGCUGAUAGUCUGAGCCUGGAUUUUAUCUCCGUCACUUCACGUGUAAAAACUCAUCGUUGUUUUCAUGAGGUCUUUUAACGUCGUUUUGUUUUCAGUCACAGAGCUGUGUGUUUCAAUCAGUUUACUGAAGCUUAAUGAAAAGUUGCACACAAUAAAAGAAUUCAAAGAGUC